AUGGAAAACAUAAUAAACAAGAAGAAUACGAAUGGGGGAAAUAGUAAUAUCUUUGUUUUAUUAAAAUAUUCUAUAUAUACUAUAUUAUUAUGGAUAGUAACAAUUACAUAUAAUAAUUAUACUUAUAAUGGUUAUAACAAUGACGGAAGUAAACAAGUGAGAUGUAAGAGAUUAUUAAGCGAACCUGCUGUAGAAUUUGAUACAAUUUUUGAUGUGUUUAAGGAAAGUUUUCUAGAUCAAAUGGGUUGUAGUGAUCAAGAUAAGGAUGAAAUAAAAAAUGCUAUGAAAAUAUAUUAUGAUAAUAUAGAUAUGAAUGCAUUGUCUAAUGAAAUACAAACCAAUGAUAAUUUCUUUAACGAAUUUGGUAAUGAUGUUAAUAGUAUUAAUAAAAUUAUGAAAACUGAUAUUACAAAUGAGCAAGGAACUAGUGCGGAUAAUAAUACAACAGAAAAUAAUGUAUCAACAUCUCAAGUUGAUGAACAACCUGAAGCAUCCACUUCAGGAGUAGAAAGGAUGAAGGAAAGAUCCAAUUUAUUUGCAAAUAACCUAACCGAAGAAAAAAAUGAUACAGGUGAUAUUAAGAAAGAAGAAAAUAAAAGUAAACCAUCACAAUUAGAUGGAAAUAACCAUAGUGAAACUUCAUCACAUCAAGGGGAAAAGAAUAAUGAAAAUGAAACUGAAAAGAAAACUGAUCAAAAUGAAACUGGAACAAAAAAACCUUCUAAAUAUACAAUGAAUCUUGAUUCUCCUCUGUUAAAAGGUUCAAGUGAAGGUGAAACUUCAUCCAAAAAAGCACAAGAGAAAAGUGUAGAACCAACUAAAAAACCUUCUAAAUAUACAAUGAAUCUUGAUUCUCCUUUGUUAAAAGGUUCAAGUGGAAGUGAGACAUCAUCUACCAAAGAAUCAAAUGAUAGUAAUGGAGCAACCAAAAAGCCAUCAAAAUAUACAAUGAAUCUUGAUUCUCCUUUGUUAAAAGGUUCAAGUGGGGGUAAAACAUCAUCUAAUAAAGAAUCAAAUGAAAGUAAUGAACCAACUAAAAAGCCAUCUAAAUAUACAAUGAAUCUUGAUUCUCCUUUGUUAAAAGGUUCAAGUGGAGGUGAGACAUCAUCUAACAAAGAAUCAAAUGAAAAUAAUGAACCAACUAAAAAGCCAUCAAAAUAUACAAUGAAUCUUGAUUCUCCUUUGUUAAAAGGUUCAAGUGAAGGUGAAACAUCAUCUAACAAAGAAUCAAAUGAAAGUAAUGAACCAACUAAAAAGCCAUCUAAAUAUACAAUGAAUCUUGAUUCUCCUUUGUUAAAAGGUUCAAGUGGAGGUGAGACAUCAUCUAACAAAGAAUCAAAUGAAAAUAAUGAACCAACUAAAAAGCCAUCAAAAUAUACAAUGAAUCUUGAUUCUCCUUUGUUAAAAGGUUCAAGUGAAGGUGAAACAUCAUCUAACAAAGAAUCAAAUGAAAGUAAUGAACCAACUAAAAAGCCAUCUAAAUAUACAAUGAAUCUUGAUUCUCCUUUGUUAAAAGGUUCAAGUGAAGGUGAAACAUCUUCUAACGAAAAGCAAGAGGAAAGUAAUGUUGCAACUAAAAAACCUUCUAAAUAUACAUUGAACCUUGAUUCCCCUCUUUUAAAAAGCGAAACAAAAUCAGAUGUAAAACGUGGAUCAAAUAAAUCAUUUAGUCUAGAAAAUAUUGGAAAACUCGAUAUAGGUUCUCUACUUGCACAAAAUUUAGAAUUACUAAAAGGAUUUGCGUUGAAUUUUCAAACAUUGAGUUUAUUUUUCUUGGUGUUUGUUGGACAAUUUUAUCCUAAACAUUUUCAGAAGGCUGCAAUAUUCAUUGGAAUGGUAAAUGUAUUUUUAGAAUGUAAACGUUUAUAUGGUAGAUCUCAAAAGAAAUUAAAAUAA